AUGCGCUCGGAAAUGUCCAAGCCGGAAGAGCUCGUUUUUGGAACAACUCUUUCAGAUCAUAUGCUAAUGAUUGAAUGGAGUAAAGAGAAAAACUGGAUGGAUCCUCGGAUUAUUCCUAGGCAAGAUCUCAACAUUUCUCCGGCGGCGAGUAGUUUGCACUAUGGUAUACAGUGCUUUGAAGGAAUGAAAGCCUACAGAUCAAUAGCAGACGACUCGAUUCGGCUAUUUCGACCUGACAUGAACAUGAAACGUCUCUCCUCAUCGAUGGAUCGAUUGCAAAUGCCCGGCUUUGAUUUCAAUCACAGCCAGCUAAUAGACUGUAUCGAAAAUCUAGUUCUGCUCGACCAAAAGUGGAUCCCCGAAGGUGAAGGAUACUCGCUGUAUUUGCGACCAACGGUCAUUGCUACCCACAAAUUUUUGGGUUUGGCCGCUCCGGACUCGCUCCUUUUAUUUUGUAUUACGAGCCCGGUUGGUCCAUACUACAAGUCUGGUUUUGCACCUAUUCGACUCACUACGGAUACCCCGUACGUGCGAGCCUGGCCCGGUGGUACAGGGGCUGCUAAAGUGGGCGGAAACUACGCGUCGACCAUGAAACCGCAGGCUGAAGCGGCGGCGAAGGGGUAUUCGCAGGUACUCUGGUUGUUCGGCGACGACGAAUCCAUCACCGAGGUGGGAUCCAUGAAUGUAUUUUUCUUUCUCAUCAACAAAGAGACCAGUCGACCAGAACUUGUCACAGCGCCUCUAGAUCGGGGCGACAUUUUACCCGGUGUUACCCGCGACUCCAUUCUGCAGUUGACGCGUUCUUGGGGAGAGUUUGACGUUUCGGAGCGAUUCCCGACCAUGCCGGAGAUUGCGCAAGCCGCCAAGGAGGGUCGAUUAAUUGAAGCCUUUGGGGCGGGUACAGCGGCCGUUGUGACGCCCAUUUCUUGCAUCGAGUACCAAGGGAACGACAUUGAAAUCCCCGCCACUGGAAAGCUCACACAGCGGAUUUGGGAUGAAAUUACCGGAAUCCAGUACGGGAAAAUUGAGGGACCAGAAGGAUGGAGUAUUCCAAUUGGUGACCACCAGUGA